GGAAUGUCCUCAGCCCUGGGAUUGUCCUCAGCCCUGGGAUUGUCCUCAGCCCUGGGAUUGUCCUCAGCCCUGGGAUUGUCCUGGGCCUUGGGAUUGUCCUCAGCCCUGGGAUUGUCCUCAGCCCUGGGAUUGUCCUCAGCCCUGGGAUUGUCCUCAGCCCAGGAAUGUCCUGAGCCCUGGGAUUGUCCUCAGCCCAGGAAUGUCCUCAGCCCUGGGAUUGUCCUGGGCCUUGGGAUUGUCCUGGGCCUUGGGAUUGUCCUCAGCCCCAGGAAUGUCCUCAGUCCCAGGAAUGUCCUGAGCCCCGGGAUUGUCCUCAGCCCAGGAAUGUCCUCAGUCCCAGGAAUGUCCUCAGUCCCAGGAAUGUCCUCAGCCCAGGAAUGUCCUCAGCCCUGGGAAUGUCCUGAGCCCUGGGAUUGUCCUCAGCCCAGGAAUGUCCUCAGCCCUGGGAUUGUCCUGGGCCUUGGAAUUGUCCUGGGCCUUGGGAUUGUCCUCAGCCCCAGGAAUGUCCUCAGCACAGGAAUGUCCUCAGCCCCAGGAAUGUCCUCAGCCCUGGGAUUGUCCUCAGCCCCAGGAUUGUCCUCAGCCCCAGGAUUGUCCUCAGUCCCAGGAUUGUCCUCAGCCCCAGGAAUGUCCUCAGCCCCAGGAUUGUCCUCAGCCCCAGGAAUGUCCUCAGCCCCGGGAUUGUCCUCAGCCCCGGGAUUGUCCUCAGCCCCAGGAUUGUCCUCAGCCCGGGGUGUCCCCUCCACCCCAGUGACACAGAUGCCGGGGUGGGAGCAGCACCAGUGUUGCGACACCAGCCCGUGUUGUCCUUGUUUUGUGCAGCCCCUAUAACUAAUUAACUAAUCCCUCACUAACUAGAACUGCCUCGUGGCACUUAAGGACACGAGGCACCUCUUUAGCUGGUGCAGCUCUGGGAAUGUGCAUCCCAGACUCCCGGGUUUGGCCCAUCCAGGAGCAGAGGCUGCCUGCGGGGUGUUGGUGUUCUCUCCUUGCCCAAAAUCCUGAUUCUUUUCAUGGGUAAAAUGAAGAGGAGACACCCGAGCAGCUUCCAGAGGCUGAUCCUGACUGGGCUCUGCUUUCUCUUCCAGCCAGAGCCCUCAAAGAUGGAUAUAGAAGACUGUAACGGGCGAGCCUACAUACCUGGAAUCUGCUCUUCCUGGAAGGUGAGUGGCUGCGUGCGCCCUGCCAGCGACGCAGACAUGCACACGCAGCCCGGAAUCCAGCGCUGUUUCCAAGGAGUUGGAUGUGAUAACACUCCAGGGUAUCUCCAGCAAGGCAGUGGGGAUUCCUCCCUGGAGAAGGAAUUCACCUCGGCGAUCGUGGGCCCCACGGUGAGCACCCCCAACAGCCAGCACUCCUCCCCGAGCCGCUCCCUCAGCGCCAACUCCAUCAAGGUGGAGAUGUACAGCGAUGAGGAGUCCAGCCGGCUGCUGUCGCAGGACGACCGGAUGCUGGAGAAGGAGGACAGUGUCAUCGUGGAGGACUCGCUCUCGGAGCCCCUGGGCUACUGCGACGGGACGGGCCCGGAGCCGCACUCCCCCGGGGGGAUCCGCCUUCCCAACGGGAAGCUGAAGUGCGACAUCUGCGGCAUGGUCUGCAUCGGCCCCAACGUGCUCAUGGUGCACAAGCGCAGCCACACCGGAGAAAGGCCCUUCCACUGCAACCAGUGCGGAGCCUCCUUCACCCAGAAGGGAAACCUCCUGCGCCACAUCAAGCUGCACUCGGGCGAGAAGCCCUUCAAAUGUCCCUUCUGCAACUACGCCUGUCGCCGGCGGGACGCGCUCACCGGCCACCUCCGCACGCAUUCCGUCUCCUCCCCCACCGUCGGCAAACCCUACAAGUGCAACUACUGCGGCCGGAGCUACAAACAGCAGAGCACGUUGGAGGAGCACAAGGAGCGCUGCCACAGUUACCUCCAGAGCCUCAAUCCCGAGCCGCAGGCGCUGCCCGGCCAGCAAGGUGAGGAGAUGCGGGACCUGGAGAUCGUGCCCGAUUCCCUGCUCCACCCCUCGGCCGAGCGGCCGACCUUCAUCGACCGCCUGGCCAACAGCUUCACCAAACGGAAACGCUCCACGCCGCAGAAAUUCGUGGGGGAGAAGCAGAUGCGCUUCGCCCUCUCCGAGCUCCCCUUCGACGUGAACUCCAGCUUCGAGAAGGACGUGGAGGUGGUCUCGGCCCACCACCCCCUCGACGCCUCCUACGGCGGCCCCCUGUCCCUGCUGGGGGGGGAGCACCUGCGCUCGCUCCGCCUGCCCCCCACAAACUGCAUCUCCGAGGUCACCCCCGUCAUCAGCUCCGUCUACACCCAGAUCCAGGCGCUGCCGGCGCGGCUGGAGCUGCCGGGGGGCCGGGAGGCCGCCGAGGGCCACGAGGAGGUGCCCGACGGGGUGUCGGUGGUGUUCCGGGCCCGGGAGCCCAGCGGGUCUCCCUCCAACGGCUGCCAGGACUCCACGGACACGGAGAGCAUCCACGAGGAGCGGGGCUCGCAGCUGGCGCCCGGGAGCAGCCGGCACAGCCCAGCCUACGCCAAAGAGGAGCCCAAGGGGCCGGAGGGACCCCCGGGCGCCCGGUGCACCCCCAGCUCCGCCAAAGAAUCCCUGCGGGUGCUCAACGAGGACGGGGAGCAGCUCCGGGCCUUCAAGUGCGAGCACUGCCGGAUCCUCUUCCUGGACCACGUCAUGUUCACCAUCCACAUGGGCUGCCACGGCUUCAGAGACCCUUUCGAGUGCAACAUCUGUGGCUACCACAGCCAGGACCGGUACGAGUUCUCCUCCCACAUCGUGCGGGGCGAGCACAAAAUCGGCUGAACCCCCCCGGGCCCCCCCAGCCCAGCCCACCCCCCUCCUCAGUUCUCCCCCUGUCUCUAGCGCAGCCCCUCCAUCCCUAGGGCAUGGAACUGUUGGUUUUUCUUUUAUACUCCUUUGCACUGACUUUGGCUACAAAAAAGUAUUUAAAAAAAAAAAUUUUCAAUAAUUAAAAAAAAAAAAAAAAACAAAAACAAACCACGAACCAACCGGCCCCGCCGAGGGGGAGCCCUUAAUCUGCCUUUUUAUAAACGGAGUUAUUUAAAUAUUGAAUAUUAACGGACUUUUUUGUGCUUUCCCCCCACCUCCCGAGCCUCCUUCCGUUAUUUAUUAAGCUUUUGAGUUUCCCUUUUUAUAACUCUCUCGGUUUUUUUACCCAAAGAAAGUCUCAUUUGAACUUUUGAGACUGUUCCCCCCUGUCCUGCCCCGUCGGCUCCUCUCCGAGCCCCUUCCUUGGUGCGAGCCCGGCAUUGCCCGUCCCCAUUCCCGGGCAAAGUAAACCUCAAAUUAGGUGCUAAACCCCCACGGGACCCCCCCAGGCCCCAGCCCGACCCCCCCCAGCCCUGAGGGAGCUGCUGCAUCCCGAGCUUUGUCUGGGAAACCCCCGGAGUGGGAUGCGGGGACCCCCAGGUGCCUUCCCAGCUCCCCCCUCGUGGGGUUCAGAGCCCCCCGACCCCACGUGGGGGUGAUGGGGGUCCACAUCCGCCCCCAAAAUGAAGGAUGGAUCCAUCCCGUUCCUGGGAUCUCCUCCUCCUGCUCUUCCUCGGCACAGGCCGGAAUCUGCUGCAGGGCAGGACCCCCCUGGGGGCCCCCAGGUCCGGCCCCCCCUCGCUCCCCCAGCAUUCCCGGGGCCGGGGGGGUCUCUGUGCUCUCCCGGUGCCCCAGUUCCCACACGGAGCAGCCGGAGCUUCCCCGGACCCCCAGGUUUGGGUCCGACGCCCCCGACACCCCCUUUUCCCCUGGGAUGGUCCCGGGGGCAGUUUGCCGGGAUCCAGGCGGGUUCCAGGGGCGAGUUCCACUCCCAGUCAGGGACUCGCAGUCCCAUGGCUGGGGGGUCUGGAGCAGGGGCCCCCCCGGGAUGGGAUCCCCCUGGGAGAAGGGAUCCGGCAGGGCCAGGGCAGCAGCGAGAACCAAAAAUCCCGGGCUGAGCCCCCACCCCUCGGAGCUGGGGACCCCCAACCGCAGCCCCCGUGCCCAGGGGGCCCCCGGCUGCAGCCCCCCCCUCGGUGCUGAGAGCCCCCAGCCCAGCCCAGCCCAGUUCCCCCCGCGGGGGUCCCGCUCCCCCGGCCCAGGAUGCAUAAAAGGCCCCUCGGGGCCGCCCCGAGGGCGAAACCAAAGCUGUUCCUUUGUACGGACACACACACACCUCAGCAGCGCCGCUGCCCCUCCCGCCUCUCUUGGGGACAUUUUCCCGUUUUUGGGGAUUUUAUCCCUUCUUUUCCCCCUCCUUUUUGCUCUCCGUGACGGCCUCUGGUGGCGGGGGGAGGUGGGGGGUGGCUGAAGGAGGGGGGUUCCCCCCAUUCCCAGCCGCCCGUAACGGGGUGCCCACGGCACCCCCCUCCCCCCCCAGCGCCCAAACCAACCCAAAAAAGGGGUUUUUUAAUCCAAAUCGAAGCUCUGCCGUUUCCAGCCCCUCUUGGGUUGGUUGGUUGUUUUUUUUUCCCCCCCUUUUCCGUUUUCUUUUUUUUUCCCCUGUCGGAGUCUGAAACAAAACUGUAGGAAUUUUGUAAAACCUCCAGGUCGCUUUAUCCCUGUAAAUAUCUAUUUUUUAAUCCGAUGGAUGAAGAACAAACGAGGAUGUGCAAUACCCCGCCUCCCCCAGGAGUUUUUUGGUUGUCUCUCGUUAAUGGAUUCGCUGUUGUCUUUGCUUUGCCCUUUUUUGUGAGGUUUUGACUCGCUUUUGGACACCCCCUGUCCCCCCUCACCCCCCAACCUCCCCCAGGAGCUUUUGUAUCUGUAAAAUAUUGUAAUUAAUGAUUUGUGUAACGAGAUCUACUGUAAGUUUUGUACUGUACUGGCUGAGGGUCUGUUAUAAAUAAACCGGAGUAAUUUAAUGCC